AUGGCGACUUCCGGAGCCCUUUCGUCUGCUCCAUCUCCAGAUCUAGCGAUUGAUUUUCACACCAACGAUGCCGGACAUAUAGGAAUAGAGAGUCAUUCCUCUCAGCCACAAAGGCAGGCCGAAGCGGAGUUUGUCGAAUUCGACCCAGCUAAACAUCUCGAUUUUACUCCUCCUUCCAAGGUCUACACCAUGGCAGAGCUCGGGUAUCCAGAGCGCCGUGGUAUUUCUCCUGUUGGCGUCUCUGAACCCUUCCCAAUGUUCUCUGCCGAGGCCAUUCAAAUCAUGAGAAAGGAAGCCCUUGGGGAGGAUGUCUUUGCCAAGUAUCACUGCUCCAGCGACCUUGCCAAAGGCCAGCUCAGAGGCUAUGCUGCAGAGUGCGCCCCGUUUGUGUACGACGCCUGGAAACACCCUCAGACUCUCGCUAUUGUCUCUGAGAUUGCCGGAGUCGAUUUGGUUCCCGUUAUGGACUACGAGAUAGGACACAUCAACAUUUCCGUCCAGAGCGAGGAGGAUAAAGCCAGAUAUCUCACAGCAGUGGCGGAAAAAAGUCAAGAGGCUGACAAGAGUGUUUCUGACGGUUCUUGGGAAGACGAGGAUCCGAUCGUGGAUUGGCACACUGACGGCUAUCCCUUUGUCUGCGUGGUGAUGCUCUCCGACUGCAAGGACAUGAUUGGGGGAGAGACAGAGCUGAGAAAAGGCAAUGGCCAAACGACCAAGAUCCGUGGCCCCCAGAUGGGUUCGGCAGCAAUCCUCCAGGGACGGUACAUCGAACAUCGAGCCCUCCGAGCCCUGGGAAUAACCGAGCGGAUCACAAUGGUGACCUCCUUUCGCCCACGGUCUCCGGCGAUUCCCGACCACACCGUUCUGACUACUAUCAGACCGAUUUCUGACCUUGGCGAGUUGUAUCAUCAGUUUGCAGAGUACCGCUUUGAGAUUCUCGAAGAUCGUCUCAGGGGAGUCAACAAGUACAUGCGGGACCGCAAGCGUGCAAACCGCCGCUUCAACACAGGAUACCUGAAGCAGUUCAUUCGUGAACAGAUCGAAUUCUUGGAGCACAUGGACCGAGAGAUCGUUGACGAUGACAAAGUCAUCAAAGGCGUGACUGGCGACAGCCACCUCAUUUCGGAAGAUCUGAAGCUGAAGCACUCGAAGAAACUUGAGCUCGCUGCGGCAGAGUAG